GGGUUGUUGUGUGCACUUAGUCUCCGAGAGGUGUGUGGGUUGAGCAUGAUUUGACUGAAAGAAAGAAAAGAAAGACAGAAAUAAAGACUUGAGAGGAAAUUACUGAAAAGAGCUGCACAUCUUACGAGGAUUUUUUUCCUGAAGAUAUUCAAACAAUUUGAAGGAGAAACUGCCAUUGAUUCAACCCUCCUUGUUGGACAUGGAAACAAAUGGCAGAUAUCAUUGACCUCUGAUGAGACAAUGCGGUCACUUUUGAGGACUUAAAGGGAUAUUAAAUGAGCAUAAGUCAACAGUCUUGAAGAGAUCUCUCCAAGAAAAAUUCACUUUACUUCACACUUGUUGGGACUUUUUAAGGCAUUUCAGAAUCUAUCAGAUAAAUUUUUACAUGAUACAUGAUAACUGCCCUCCAGGGAAGACUGAAUACUGCUGAAAGGCUUUUAGGCAGCAGGAUAUUCCUCAGAUAAGCCUUUUAACGUUUACUUUGGGAAAAUAUUACAAGACAUUUCAUUGCAUUCCUCUGGAAUAGAAUUAAACAUUUCAGGUUAUUCAAUGCGGAAUUAUUAUUUUACUAAUUUACCAUAUAUUCACACUACUUUUAGACAAGUUGUUGAUCUUGUUAUUUAUUUGCUAGUGAAUGUGAUUUGUGAGCCAACUGUUGAGACGUACUGCUGAAUAUUUGAUCUAAUUCUCAAAGCACACAAUCAAUCAACAUAGAUUUAUUUUACCUGCUUAUCACCAACAAUUUUCAGUCUCAAGACUUAAACCAGACAGAAGAGAAAAAAGAAAGAGAGAUGGCACAGAAAGAGGGAGGAACAGAGCAGGGGUGUGACAAGACCGGGGACAAUCUUGGGUCCAAAGCCAUGGCUGGUGCCCCUAUUGCAGGUGGAGGUGUGGUGGUGGAGGUCAGGGAGAAGAAGGGACCUCUGCGGGCUGCGAUACCCACAAUGCCUUUCCCUCUGGCUGUCAUCUGUCUGUUUCUGAACACCUUCAUACCCGGCCUCGGUACCUUCAUCUCAGCGUUCACGGUGCUGUGUGGAGCUCGCAGUGAGUUGAUCUCCGAGCGAGGUGUUUGUUGUGUGUUCUGGCUCAACGUGGCAGCAGCCCUCAUCCAGAUACUGACAGCUGUUAUCAUGGUUGGAUGGAUCAUGAGUAUCUUCUGGGGAAUGGACAUGGUCAUCCUGGCAAUUUCUGAUGGCUAUAGAGACCAGGGUCUUCCUCAGGAUGUGUGAGAGAGGCUGCUCUCAUGUUUGCUGAUUCAUUACACCUGAUGGGGACCUUUACCUUUGUCGUGACCUGUAGCUGUCUGUCUUUCAAAUGACAAGAGACCUGAAAAUAAAUUAGCUACAUGGAGAAAGGAAGAAUCAGCUGACUGCUCUGUGAGAAAAGGCUGCUGAUCGUUUGAGACCUGGCCACAUAAAUCUGUACAGUCACAAGAAAUACAAUGGAAAAGGAAAACAAUGUGUUUGUCUUUUGUUGAGUGAUCAUAACAGUGCUUCAUGAAUUCUUUCAAUGUUUUUUAUUUGAUAUAUGUGACAAAAUACGUAAAUCUGUAAAAACGUGUGGAGCAGACUACAUGUUUCCUGCAUGACAGCAUGGACUAAAUGAAGAAGGAAGGACAAUGUACUGACAUGAAAAAAUUAGGAUGUUGAUUGGCAAACUUUACUUCUGAAUUUUUGGCUUGUGAAUUUUGCCAGUUGAAAACAAACAAACAAAAAACUUCAGCAGUUGCUGUAUAUAAAAUUGUUGCUGUAUGAGGUGUAAUUAACUGAAUGAUGCAUUACAUGUUCUUGCUCUCAUAACAGUCUUUCCAGAAUCAGGGUAACCAGAGUUUCCACUGGGCGUGAAUUGGCUGCCUGGUGCAGCUGCAGUUUAAUUCAGAGUUUUUAGAUUUAUUGUCACAUGGUCUGUAAAUAUCCCAACUUUAGCGUUAGCCUGCUUUAGUGGCCUUUCUAUUGUGAUACAAACACCACAUCGCUGCUCUAAAAAGGUACAAUAGGUUUAACUUUUAGUGACUAUAAAACAUCCUCCAUCUAAAUUUUUAGGAAAAAAUGUAUCAUCUCAUUAAAUAGCCAGUACUGCAUGGCUGCUAAAUUUAACAAUCACUGAGUACAGAAUCAGCAGCUAUUCAAACAACGGCUGUGGAGUAAACAUGUCUUCCACCGGAGCGUGUGAUCAAACUAUAAAUGGCUCUGAUUAUUCAGAUUUUCAAUAGGUUUAGAUUCAGGUAUAGUAUUUUUCUUUUCUGGCAAUGUUUUACUGCAACAGCAAACACAUCUUUAAAACACUAUAUCUUACUGCUGCUGCUGAUGUGUGUCACCUUAAAAUUACAGGGCUGUGUUGAAAAUGACUCAUGCCUCCUGACAAAUUGAUUUGAUUUGAAUUUCACACCUCUUAAAUGUGUAAAUCAGUGUCAAAAGGAUAUUACAUAUUAGUAUAAAACUGUGUCUAAUUAACAGCUCUCAAAAUAUCCACUCUCAGUAUUGGCCACCCUGGGGAACCAUAGUCACCCCACCGUCUGUAACAUACAGAUACAUACAAACAAAGAUACAGCUACAAUGAAGCCACAUCCUUUUGUGACUCAGGUCCUUUGUUUGACUAUUUUUAACUUGUUCAAUAAGUGUCACAUCCAUGGUAAGUCAAACAUUCCCAUAAGCAGUCUGAAACACCAGCAGAGAUUAAUAUUAAAAAUCUGACAAUUUUUAGGUUGAUGAAUCCACUGUUUUGUGUUUACAUUGUGUAGAUAAUAUAUAUAUAUAUAUGUGUGGGUGAUAGUAUGCAAUAUUGGAAAUGUACAUUGUCGAAUAUGUGGUAAAACUACACAGGGGGUGGUCUGCAGGUCAUAGGUAAAGAUGGACAAUUCUAUCAUUUAAAAAUAUUUAACAACUGAACAACAAAAACAACUGCCUUGGAACUGCUGACCAUAACAAAGCCUUCCCCGUGAUGCCACAUCAGCUUCCUCACGCACUGAAUCAUUGGCUCACUUCCCUGAAACAUAUACAAGAGUAUCAGAAGUCAAAGAGCCUUAAACAAGCUGAAAAUGAGUGAGCCAUUUAACAAAAUGUUACUUACUGUACAUCUGAAAAACAGAAAUGCAGAUUAUUACCUCUAUUGUAAUGUGGAACAGAUUCAGAAAAUGGCAUGCAGCAUUGCUGGGAAAAAAGUUGAGAUGGAUUUAUUCAUGGUGAAAUCCCACUAUUGAUUGUGCCUCUACAGAAAUUCAUGUGCAUAAUUCAAGAUGUGAUUUUACCCUCUUCUUUAUUAGAUUUUCUACCGGUGAUGUAUCUCUUUGUUUUUUUUUAUAAUCCCUGUAGUUUUUGAUUAUCUUCAUUAUCUUAGCCAAAUGCCUUUUUAAAGAGUACUACAUAAUAUAAAGAGUAAUGUUUAGACCUGCUCUAUAUGAAAAGUGCUCCAAGAUAACUUCUGUUAUGACUUGGCGCUAUGUCAAUAAAUUUGAAUCGAAUACUGUAUUUUGGAUGACAACAGCACUGUUUUUGUGUUUUAGUAUAUAAUAGUGUUUGUGUGUGAGACAGAUGAUGAUGACGGUGAUGAUGAUAUUUUAUGCCUUACAUAAGUAUUUUUGUAGCAGUGAUACUAGAGUUUCUUUGCUUUGUUUGGGUUCAGUUUAUAGAUCUGAAAUAAUUGUUAUUUGGAUAUUUGACUAUAAUCUACCUUUCAGCCCUAAACACUGAUUCUACUUGUGUUUCAGGGGGAAUAUUGACUAACUGAAAUGUUUUUUUUUAAAAUGAUGGUGGUGUUGUGCUAGCUUUUCAGUUGUAGAAUGAACAUACUGCCAUGUACAGUUUUCUGCAUGCAUAGCUUUGGUGUGAAGUCACUGUAUAAAGUAACACACACACACAAACACAUACACACACUAACGUAACUAUUUUGAGAUUGUAGCGUAGUUCUGUGACUUAGCAACACUGGUUUUAAGCUGUUUGAGAUGACUGAUGACAAAACAUUGCUAUUAAAAAAUGUUUGGGUUCUAAUAACUGAAUAAUUG